UUCGCCCACGCUGUCGACUACUUGUUCUUUGACUUUCGAUGAGUGCAUGGCGGAUGACAAGCUCUUCCAAGUCAUGGUGGAAAUUUCACGCGAGGUCUUCAGUAUCGAAAACGUCAAUUUUUACAGUACGCUGCGAGAACUCAAGCGAGAUAUCGAGAAAAUGCGGCGAGGCAGCAACUAUACCAGCGCCGAAGGCGACAGCCCGUCCCGCAGCAGCUCGAGCUCCGAGAUAUGUCUCGCCAUUACCCCGCCUUCGAGUGAGAUACGCGGUCAAAUACCAAGAGUUUUGAUCCCAAAGUACCUCGCCAUUUACGAAAGCUUUAUUCGGCCCGGCGCUCAGCAGGAGCUCAACUUGACGGCACAGACGCGGGAGCAGCUGCGAGCCAUAUUCGAGGCUCGCCCGAUCCUGCCUUUCCGCGUCGACUGCUUCGAUAUUGCCGACGAUGAAGUGCGCAGUAUUCUAUUCGAAAACAUUUACCCGCUAUUGCUACAACGAGUCCGGAAGCACUACCGUGGCAUUUGAGCAGACACCGAAUGAGGGUCGCCCUGGGCCGCUUGAACAUAUGUGACAUAUCUUUGAACAGAAUGACGUCCGAUAGUUUAUUGAAUACCAUUC